AACAGAGCCCAGAUGGCCGUAUAGAAGUCAAAGGGCAGCAUGGAAAAUCGUCACUGCAUAUUAAAGAUGUGAAGUUGUCAGAUUCAGGGAGAUAUGACUGUGAAGCUGCAAGUAGAAUUGGUGGGCACCAAAAGAGCAUGUACCUUGAUAUUGAAUAUGCUCCAACAUUUGUGUCAAAUCAAACCAUGUAUUACUCUUGGGAAGGCAAUCCCAUUAAUAUCAGUUGUGAAGUGCUAGCAAAUCCAUCUGCCUCAGUUCAGUGGAGAAGAGGAAAAUUAGUUUUACCAGUAAAAAAUACAACACAUCUGAAGACCUACAGUACAGGAAGAAAACUGAUUCUAGAGAUUGCUCCCUCAUCUGACAGUGAUUUUGGACGGUAUAAUUGUACAGCAACAAACAGAAUAGGAACAAGAUAUCAGGAGUAUACACUUGGUCAGGCUGAUGUGCCAUCAAGUCCAUAUGGAGUACGAGUCUUAGAGCUGUCACAAACCACUGCCAAAGUUUCAUUCAAUAAACCAGAUUCACAUGGAGGUGUGCCCAUUCAUCACUACCAAGUCGAUGUGAAAGAGGUCACCUCAGAAACCUGGAAAAUAGUUCGCUCCCAUGGAGUUCAAACAAUGGUUGUUCUCAGCAAUUUGGAACCAAAUACAACAUAUGAAAUCAAAGUAGCUGCUGUAAAUGGAAAAGGACAAGGAGAGUAUAGCAAAAUCGAGAUCUUUCAGACCUUACCUGUCCGGGAGCCAAGCCCCCCUUCAAUUCAUGGGCAACCAGAAAGUGGCAAGAGUUUUAAACUUAGCAUAACUAAACAAGAUGAUGGAGGUGCCCCCAUACUGGAAUAUAUUGUCAAAUACAGAAGUAAAGAUAAGGAAGACCAGUGGCUAGAGAAAAAAGUGCAGGGUAGUAGAGACCACAUUAUCUUAGAGCAUCUUCAAUGGACCAUGGGUUAUGAAGUACAAAUUACAGCUGCCAACAGACUGGGUUAUUCCGAACCAACAUUGUAUGAAUUCAGCAUGCCACCAAAGCCCAACAUUAUCACAGACACUCUUUUUAAUGGUCUCGGACUUGGUGCUGUCAUUGGCCUGGGAGUGGCAGCCCUUUUGUUAAUCCUGGUUGUGACAGAUGUUAGCUGCUUCUUUGUACGACAAUGUGGAUUGCUGAUGUGCAUCACCAGGAGAAUCUGUGGGAAAAAGAGUGGUUCAAGUGGAAAAAGUAAAGAACUGGAAGAAGGAAAGGCUGCUUACUUGAAAGAUGGUUCAAAAGAACCAAUAGUGGAAAUGAGAACAGAGGAUGAAAGAAUUACCAAUCAUGAAGAUGGGAGUCCAGUGAAUGAGCCAAAUGAGACAACUCCCCUCACAGAACCAGAGAAGCUGCCACUAAAGGAGGAAAAUGGCAAAGAAGCUUUAAAUCCAGAAACCAUAGAAAUCAAGGUUGCUAAUGACAUCAUCCAGUCAAAAGAAGAUGAUAGCAAAGCAUAAUAAGAUAAAAUACAGCUGUCUGGAUACUGCAUUUGGAUUGAAGUAAUCCCGUGACCAAAACUUUACAGCUGACCUUAAUUUCUUGGGAAACUUAAGCUUGGAAUAGGUAGUACAUGUGUACAUAUGAUGAAACAGUUCCUAUCCACAGUUCCUUUCUAUUUUUAUUUUUUUUAAUGUUUUUAGUAUGUAGUUUUGCUGACACCA